AUGCUCAGAUUGGUGGUUGGAGCCGCGCUGCUUGCGGCAACUGGUGUGAUGGCGCAGGUUCGUUGCCUCCCUGAACAAGAUUAUGCCAAUUCUGCCCUCGAAUCUGCUGGAAAUGGAUUGCAGGAAGAUGACGUGUACCAGGAAAUGGUUCAGGAAUUGAAGCGAACCAUCGAUUUAAACGACAUGAUUUCUAACUGCACUCAACUUCGUCAUCGUGUCGAGGGAAACCCUAUAGCUGAUGUGAUUUCGGAACUAAUCUUGAGACUGCAGAAAAUUUCUCCCGCAGACGUAGAAAUGCUGGCAGAUGGUCACCGUGCGCAAGACAAUGAACUUGUUGAUGAAGUUCUCGUGGCGAACAACAUUAUUAACAAGAUGAUCGAUGCUACAGAUGAAGAGCUCCGACGCGAACCUCCAAAUCUUGGAGCUCUGAUACUUGCGUCAAAUAACAUAGAAGAAUAUGUGAGAACACACCAGAGAAUCAUGCUCGACGAAGACAGACAGUUUUGA